AUGUGGUUCCACCGCUACGCUUCUUAAACUUUAAGUUCGAGCUUAUUGUACAUUUUGUUAGUAAGCCUUGUCUGCAUUACUUGACGUAGUUUAUUCAAUAUAACAAAUGAUUGGUUAAAUUAUAUAUUUAACACUUGUUGCUACGAGAACUAUUUUUCUUAGCAGUCGGAUUAAGGAGUAAUCUGGUCCGCGGAGUAACAUACAUUGCGUCAGAGACGAGCGAGGGGAACAUUUUUCUUGUCUUCACGUGACCGGAACAGAAGGCUGCGGUUGAGGUGGCAAGGCGUGAACCCUCUUGAGGCGCUCCGUUGAAGAAUCUGUGUCGUACUCGGCGAACUCGACGCCCAGAAUGACCAAGCUCUACGUGGGUAGCCUCCCCGAAGGUUGCGACAAUGCAUCGCUGGAGGCCAUCUUUGCCAAGUACGGCAAGGUGGACGAGUGCGACAUCGUCAAGAACUACGCCUUUGUGCACAUGGCCAACGAGGAUGAAGCCAAGCUAGCCAUUGACGCCCUCCACAACUCUGAGUUCAUGGGUAGCAAGAUCACGGUGGAGGCCUCUCACAGCAAGGUGCGCCCCAAGCCCGGCAUGGGCGGCCGCGGCCAGUGCUACCGUUGUGGCCGCCAGGGACACUGGUCCAAGGAGUGCCCACGCAACCCGAAUGCCCGUUUCGGGGCUGCGAUGCCCAUGAUGCCUCCGGCGGGAGGCCCCCUGGCCCGCUACCCGAGCGUCGGGGGUCCCGACAGGCUGGGCGGCUACGGCGCCGCCGGAGGACCAGACCGGUUCCUGGACCGCAGUGCCGCCUACGGGGCAGACCGUGGCUUUGGGGCAGCGGCCGGGGGCUAUGCGGACCGCAUGCGACCCUACCCGGACCCCUACGAGCGCAGGGCGGCCCCACCUCCCCCAUCCGCGCCCAGGGACGACUUCUACUACUACAGACGGCCCUACGAAGACUUUGGAAGCGGCUACUACGGUUCCCAGGAGGGUCCCAGCCAGAGCUACGGCAACGGUUACAGUUAUUCGGCCGAUCGGACGACGUACCCCAGCGCGUCGCGUACCCCCGCGUUCUAAAGAGAGAGCGCGCGUGUCGCGGAGCGCCGGGCGGCACACACACUCGGCGGCACCAGGCGCUCGGAACGGACGGAGGAAGGAACGCGUCGUGGACAGAGAACGCGCGCUGCCGUGGCUCUCCGCCCUCGUCGGGACGGUCCUACGGUCUCGGGUCGGUGGCAUCCUGUGGCAGCGGCUGCCACUCUUCGACCGGGCCCGGAAGGUGCCCGCCGACAAAAGCCUCCCCAUUUUGUUCACUCCCCAUCAUACCUCCUUUUUUGCAACGGGGACCCGGGGCGUCCCCUCCCAAAGUCUAACCUCUGUUUAUACACCCACCUGUUGUUUUUUUUUACAUGGUCCCCUUUCCCCCCCAUCAUGUGAGUAGUGAGUUGGUGUGCGGAAAAAGUGCACCUUUUGCGAAAGUCUGUGUCUGAAUAAAGCGGUGGCGGUGCGUCGCUGGCGUCCACCCACGUGAGUCAAA